AUGCAACCCAACGGCUCCUGGCUUACCCUUCUGGGCGCUAUCUGCGUCAGUCUCCUCCCCUCAAUCUCGGCUACCACGCAAAUCUCCGACCCCAACUUGGCAGUCAUCCUUCAGUACAACAUUGUCCUUACUGACAACACUAAGGUCAACGACUUGUUCUGCUGUAUGGGCACUUCUGCCGAAAUUCCCUCCGCAGCCGAGUACAAAUGCUUUGAGCAUCAAGCGCUUGAUAUGGGCAGCGCUCCAGGUUCUCGUCGAAUGGGCAUACAAUUCUGCCACCACCUCCCCGGUUCUAAACCUGAAGAAGCUGUUGCAGCCUUCAAAGAUAGCUGCUCGAAAUAUCCAGGCGAAUAUAUCAAUCCUGACAAAGGCCAGUGUCCUCAAAUCUGGCCUAACUACAAAGACGAUUACAAGAAGCCUGCCCCUGCCCCUGCCCCUGAUGCUCCCGCACCAAAGCCUGGUACGCAUGACCCUGCGUCUGGUACUCCUGCUUCUAACCCCAACGCUUCCGGUAAAGGCACCAAUGACAAAGACGGCUUCAAGGCCCAAGGAACCUUCCACUACUCUCUCGUCGAUCACUCCAUCACCGGUGCUCUUGCUUGCUGCAAAGCCUCCAACGCACCCAUCCUUACCCCUCACAAGAGCAAAUGCGCACAACGCAAAGUCACAAACUCCGCCUUCAUGCGUCAAUGCGCCAACGUCCUCCCCACCAUCACUAACUCGAAGAAGCUGAAAGGUUACACGACUAUUGACGGUGGAGAUGAUACUAUUGUGGACGAAAAGACCAAGCAACAGUGCAGUGCUAUGUGGACGAACGCGAUCAGUUACACAUACGGGUUCUGUCAGUUGGACUAUGAUUAUGCUGCUGAUGAGGCGAUCAAGGCUUUCGGCGAUGAUUGUGCGGCUAAGGGUGGGGAGAGUAAGGAUCCUCAUAUUGGAAUGUGUCUGUGGAAUGUCGAUGAUGCUGCUGCGGAUAGCUCCACUGGCUAA